UAGAGCUCACAACUGCCCUCUCUGACACAUCUAUUAACUCUGACUAUCAAUCUGAGGACAGGAUGAAGUUUGUUAUGAUCUUUCUUGUGUUGUCGCUGGUCGUCCUCAUGGCUGAACCUGGGGAGUGUUUCUUUAAACACCUGAAAACCAUAUGGUCAGGUGCCAAGGCCGCAUUCAGAGGUGCCAAGGCGGGAUGGAGAGCACACAGAAACGCACGCAAAAUGGCUGCGAUGAGGUACAGAAGUGCACAGCAGAACCAGCAAUACGAUUAUGACCAAAAUCAGCCGUCUUAUGGGAAGUGAACCUGUUCACUUUAAAGAGUUUGAGCUACAACUUUCUGCUUUGCAAUGCCACAAACAAAUGGAUCAGGAAACUCAAGAGUGCAAAACAGUGGUCUUGUGUUUGAAUAAAGGGCUUGAGAUGCAGUGAUUUUUUUUAGCACAGCUUGAAAUGAUUUGGAAAAAUGUUGCUUGAUCAAUGUUUAAUCAAUGCUUGAUUUUGCGUUCCUAUGAAUAAAACUGCAAAACAAAAAUGCCAAUGCUGCUUUGUGGUAUUAUUUAAGUAAAUAAGUUCAUUUAAAGUGUGUAUUGUUGUUAUU